AUGAAGAAUGGCUGGGUGGCAAAACAACAGGUUAUUUCAGGCGGGGCCUUGAUUUUGCAGCAGACCAACCUGAUCCUGAAGCAGCUGAUGCGCUUGGAGCAGCUGCACACAACGCCGGACAGAGGCAAGACGGAGAAGCAAGCCGGCGUCGAGGAAGACAACGCGGAAGAGGUGGCGCUGAGACUCCUGAAGGAGACAUUCGGAGACCCUUCUUUACAAACCAAUGCCGUGGCUGAGGAUGCAGAGGAGUUCCGAACCGCCGCUGUCACCAACGACCAAGAUGCCGAGGGUGAGUACUACACCGCCCCAACUGGUAGGCCUCUACUGAUGUUUACGCAGACGGAAUAG